AUGGCCAUUUACCCUCCUGAUGUCGAUCAAGGCCUAGCCGAUCCAAUUUUACUUGAGAAAAUCGACAAGCUUUUCGCCUGCAAUAUUGGAAAUUACAUCAACCUUCCCCAGCUAGUUGUUGUGGGAGACCAGUCAAGUGGCAAAAGCUCUGUCCUAGAGGGGCUAACCCGAUUGGCAUUUCCUCGGGACAGCGGCCUGUGUACAAGGUUCGCUACUCAGAUUAUAUUUCGCCGGUCUAAACAUAGCGAGAGAACAAUUAUGGCUUCCAUAAUUCCGGAUUCCAACGUCGAGGAGACACAUGCAUCGAAAUUGAAGGACUGGAAAGGCAAAAACUUACAAUCUCUUGAUGUCGAGUCAUUCUCUGAAAUGAUGACGGAGGUUCAUACUCUCAUGGGAGUUUCUCGUUUGAAAGAUGACGGAUUACCUACUUUCUCUAAUCACGUAUUGCGAGUGGAGAUUUGUGGGCCGCAAGAGGAUCAUAUUAGUGUGAUUGAUGUUCCUGGAAUCUUUCGCAAUGUGAUACCCGGAAAAUCCACGAGGGAAGAUAAAAGUCUGGUACGCGACAUGGUACAGGCAUAUAUGAGAAAUCCUCGCUCUAUCAUGUUGACAGUGGUGCCGGCGAACGUUGACAUAGCGACCCAAGAGAUUAUUGAAAUGGCCCACGAGUUUGACCCUGAGGGCGAAAGGACACUUGGAGUUCUAACCAAGCCCGAUCUGGUAGACAGGGGCGCGGAGGAAAAGGUCAUUGAUCUCAUCAGAGGGAAAGAUAUGCAAGUAAGGCUCGGAUGGGUAGUUGUCAGAAACCUCGGACAGAGCGAACUACUGGGAGGUAUACAUCGAGAUGCAGCUGAAGAGAAGCAUCACAAAAAGCACCCUUGGAGCACUAUCGGCUGUGACAGCUUUGGGAUUGAUGCACUAAAGAUUCGUAUUCGGGUGACUGUGACCGCCAAUGCGCGCCAGGCUUUUUCAUCGGGAAUGAGCAAGAACCUCAGAGCCCGCCAAGUUAGCCUUCAGUCUCUUGGGCCGGAGCGGAACACAAUGGAGCAGCAAGUGCAAUACUUGCUUGGUAUUGUUUCCUCGUUUCAGAAUUUUACCAUGCAAGCAUUGGGGGCAAAUUACAGCUCGAAUGAUGCGUUCGAGAAUAUUAAAGCCCUCAGACUGGCUACUGAGGUUGUUGCAAGAAACGAAAAAUUCUCAGAAGAUCUAUCCCGGUGGGGUCAUUUGAUCAAUUUCAACAGCGCGUUGCCCCAACAAGCCGAUGCAAGCGACGUUGCUGGUAAUCAUCCAAAGUCAGGGAGAAGGCUUUUGCCCUCAAGAAAAGUAAAGGAUAUCCCUGAAAUUCAGGAUAUUCUGCCAGAAUCAUCCAGUGUAUCUCCUCCGCUAAGUCAUGAUAUUUGCUCCUGGAUAGGUGAUGAAUACCGCCAAUCGCGAGGCUUUGAAAUUGGAACAUUCAAUCACGUCCUUCUUUCGAGCCUAAUGAAGAAGCAGUCAUUGAAAUGGAUCUCCCUGGCGAAUGGAUACAUCGGUGAUAUCAUCACCAUUGUCCAUGGCUACAUUACCAACGGACUGAGACAGAUUUGUACUGACAGAAAAGUGUCUGAGAAACUGCUUUCCUUUCUGAUGGGCAAGCUGCGGGAAAGAUACCAAAGUGCGAUUGAUGAAGUUGAAUUUUUGCUUUUCAUUGAAAGAUCAAUAACCCCAAUGACGCUAAACCACUACCUCAAUGAUAAUCUGGAAAAAUGUCGCCAGAAACGCGCAAAUUCGAUGCAAGCAAAGAAAGCAUUCGACAGUCCAGAGGGAAAGGUAGUGCGUGUUGACGAUCUAAAUCAUCACCAAAACAUGAGUAAUGCCGAACAUGCUGUCCAAGACCUUCAGGAUAUCCUGGAAUCAUACUACAAAGUUGCGCGCAAGAGAUUUGUUGACAACGUUUGCAUGCAGGCAGCGGGUUAUUAUCUUAUGCAAGGGCCAAAUACCCCGAUGGGUUUGCUGUCACCCUCUCUGGUCAGCACACUGGGAAAAGAACAGCUUGACGCGAUUGCAGGAGAGGGGCCCACAUUGAAAGGGAAACGCGAGCAACUACAUAGGGAAAUAGCCGAUCUCUCCCUUGCAAGAGAUAUUUUACUAUGA